AUGGACGAGUCAGCUGAAAACCAGAAUGCAAAAGUCUCAAAGCGGCAGUGGACUGCAGAAGAAGAUGCUAUAUUAGUCGAAGGUUUAUUACAGCUUGUAGAUGAUGGCUGGAAGGAGGAUGCUGGAACAUUUAAACCGAGAUAUACUAAAGUGUUAGAAAAGUAUCUCCAUAAAAAAAAACCAAAGUGCACACUAAAAGCUAACCCUCACAUUGAAUCAAUAGUGAAACGUCUAAAAUCACAAUAUUCAGCAAUCAAAGAUAUGAUGGGUCCAAGUGCAAGCGGUUUUGGAUGGGAUGAUGCUAGGAAGAUGAUUAUUGUAGAAAAAGAGGUUUACAGCCAAUGGUGCAAGUCUCAUCCUACUGCAUCUGGUUUGUACGGAAAACCAUUUCCUCAUUUUGGCAACUUCGAUGUUGUAUUGAUUAUGUAG